AACGACCACAAAAUAAUAACAAGCAAAAAAUCGCAACUGUCUUAAGCCUUUUUUUAAUCCAACAAAACCAAUCUCUCAUUUGUUCUUCUGCAUAAUCUCUCACACACUUCUAUUUCUCCCUCUCCUUGUCACAAGGAAAGGGCGUAGAAGAACCAAAACCUAAACAAAAGAGCAAUAAUAACUCAUUAAAAAACCAAAACCAAAAAAAAACAAAAUGGGUGUCAAAAUGUUAUUAAUCUUUGGUCUCUUGAUCUUAGCUAUGGUAGCUAAAUCCGUCAAUGCAACCUACCCUUUAACCAAAUCUUGCAUCAACGGGCAAGGUUGCAUCGGGGAAGACGAUGAGCUCGAAUCUCUAAUGGAUUCAGAGACAAACCGUCGUCAACUCGCAAGAGGACGUCGUUACAUUGGCUACGAUGCUCUCAAAAAGAACAAUGUGCCUUGCAGUAGACGUGGCCGAUCCUACUACGAUUGCAAGAAGAGAAGAAGGAAUAAUCCUUACAGGCGUGGAUGCAGUGCCAUCACGCAUUGCUAUAGGUACGCUCGCUAAAUGAUAGAGAGGAAGAGAUUUGAUUCAACAACGUACGUUCGUAUCUUCAUUCUUCUUUCUUGAUCGUUAAUAUUAAUUGCCUCUCCUUACUUCCAUCUUUUUUUUUUUUCAUUCUUUCUUAACGUAUCCUAUGUUAUACGUAUGAUCUAUAUAUUCUUUUUUGUUCUUUAUAUAAUCAUCAUGAUGCAUAUAAGCUUUUGAUUCAUUGGUAUAUCACUUACUUUUCCUUUGUUGUUGUCCUUUUUUAUUUCGUUUCGUUCAUAUAAUUAAGUUCCGUUUUGUCUAUUAUAUACAUCAUGAUGUUUUAGUAUUUUACAAUUAAGCAUUAAUUUGUUUUAAGACGAGGGAUCAAAUGAGACCUAUUUCUUCUUUUAUAUCUUCUUUUGUAUUUUAUCUCGAAACAAACGUUGCAGAUUAAGUUGAGAUUGUUAAUGAUGGAUCCAACCCGAUCGGAAUAAGAAAUCGAAAAUAUGUUAAUGAAAGAAAGUCCCACAUCGGAAGUUGGAGGAAUUAUGAAGUGAUAUAUAAAGGGUUAGGGUCACUCCACCUAUUGCCAAUUGGUUUUAGGUUGGAAGCCGAUAUUUAAACCCAAUUCUAUCAAAAUAAUUUCUUAUUUUAUCAACAAAAUGCCGCACUGUACCUUGGAUUAAAUGAGAAAUAAUUUGAGGUCUCUUGCUUAAAUUUCCAAGUCG